AUGUUUCUCAACUGGCUACAUGCAUUAGCACUUCCUUUUUCCGCCUUUAGGCUUUUCAUAAACAACGUUCCUCAGUCAGUGAAGGAUGAAUGGAGGACAAACUUCGUGCGCAUAUUUGCCGAACUGGAGUUGGCCCACUGGUACUACCUGGACAACUGUCUCAAGGACGCCUCAGUGGGCAUCGACUUCUUCGGAUUUUGCCAACAGCUAUUUGGACGUUUUCCGCACCUGAUUCCCAAGAAUACAAACUGGAAGGAGAAGUUCCAGGAUUGGAAGUACUACCGUGGAACUACUGCCACAGGCAGUGCAAUCAUCUUGGAUGAAUAUCUCUCUAUGGUUAUGGAAGAGACGGGCCUGGAUAUUGAACACCGUAUGAACGAGAAUCUCUUUUUUGACGCCUUCCUCGGUGAAACAAAACGUCGUGCCUUCAUCGUUGAGGGUUUUCCUCGGACCUCACGUCUGCAACCUUCAACGAAGAAUGAAAUUGAGGCAAGUCCUGCAAUAACCUGGUUCAACAUUGCCAAUCUGCCGGCCCAUGUACAGGAUGAAACGCCGAUGAUUACCAUGAAACUCAAACCGACCAUGUUCUACUGCGUCAUACCGUUUGUGAAGUAA